AUGCUUCAGAUGCAAGUAAUGAGCGGCAUUAAGGAUGGGAAUGCCAAGGGCAAGCAGGCAGGUACAGCAGUACGCAAGGCAGAUGACCAAGUGCAAAAGCCAAUAAAUAGCUGUACCAUCGAGCAGCAGCGGCCGCUAGCUCUCCUCCUUCCUUCCUUCCUUCCGUCCUUCUCCAGUCGUACUACUUUACAGAUCAGAUCAGAUCAGAUCAGAUCAGAUCAACUGGAGAACAGGUGGUGGGCAGGGGGCGUGGCGACGGCCGGGGUCGACUCGGUCGUCGCUACCUCCUCUUCUGCUUCCCCCUACCCCUCACUCCGCCUGCAAGAUCCCAAUCUCAACGCGGACCACUGCGCGUCUACAAAUAACGCCGCCGCCGGCAACCAACUCCUCGAAACGGGCAACGACAGCGGCGGAUCCGGCGGACCUGCAGGUGGACGCCGACCCCGCGGCCGCCCCUACGGGUCCAAGAACAAGCCCAAGCCGCCGGUGGUCGUCACGCGCGAGAGCCCCAACGCGCUGCGCUCGCACGUGCUGGAGAUCUCCGCCGGCGCCGACGUGAUGGACGCGGUCGCCUCCUUCGCCCGGCGAAGGCAGCGCGGGGUCUCCGUGCUGAGCGGCAGCGGCGCCGUGGCCGACGUCACGCUCCGCCAGCCCGGCGGCGCCGUCCUCGACCUCCGCGGCCGAUUCGACAUCCUAAACCUCUCCGGAGCCUUCCUCCCCCCGCCGUCCCCGCCGGGUAUCACGGGGCUCACCGUGUACCUCGCCGGCGGGCAGGGGCAGGUCGUGGGAGGGAGUGUCGUCGGGGAGCUGUUGGCGGCGGGCCCGCUGAUGAUCGUAGCCGCCACCUUCACCAACGCUACCUACGAGCGGCUGCCGCUGCCGGACGACGACACCGAGGCCGCCGCAGGUUGCCUCCGGAACAGCCCCCGGUCGCAGCGGCAACCUCCAUCCCCUGGCGGCGAACAAUCAGGCGCCGAUCGGCCGACAUCGUCCGCACCGCUCUUCAAUCUGCAACCGAAUCUACUACCCAGAGGACAGCUGACCCAGGAGAUGUUGGGGGGAAAUCCAGCGUGGGCAUCGCGGCCGCCGCCGUCCUACUGAUAAACAUAUAUACACAUCCAUCCCCCUCUUAUUAUUAUUAUUAUUAUUAUUAUUAUUAUUAUUAUUAUUACAUCCAAACUCAAUUAUUACAAACUCGUAACUUUAUUUAUGAAUUUUAUUUUCUUCUAUUUAGCAUUUUCAUCUGCCGGGGCCUUUCUAUCAAUUUUCUGAUGUGUUUUUGAGUCCAAAUACUAAUUCUUUUGAGUUCCUAUUUAAUUCAGCUUCCGAUGUGCGUGCUUACUCA